AUGUGGGAGGCGCGUUCCUCCUCCUUCUGGAGGGCUGUCUUUGCCGAGUUCUUCGGCACCAUGUUGUAUGUCUUUUUCGGCCUGGGGGCCUCGCUACGCUGGGUGGUCGGCCCCCUGAACGUUCUGCUGGUGGCCUUGGCUUUCGGCUUGGUGGCGGCCACCAUGGUGCAGUCUCUAGGCCACGUGAGCGGAGCGCACAUCAACCCAGCCGUCACCAUGGCCUUCCUGCUGGGCUCGCAGCUCUCCCUGUUCCGCGCCGUCUUCUACAUGGUUGCCCAGCUGCUGGGAGGAGUGGCCGGUGCAGCCGUGCUUUACGGAGUCACGCCAGCAGCGUUGCGGGGUAACCUGGCACUCAACACGGUAACUGGAUCAUGCAGAGGGUGUUUGAGGAGGGUGGCACCCCUAUAAUCUAAGCAUCCACAAGGUCGUAUUGCUGCAUGCGAGAGCUCCACUGAAGGAUUGCAUAGUGGGGGGGGGUUUAAUUCUGAGUUAUUAGGGGCAAUCCCAGGGGUGCUAGAAGGAGGAGAGGGAUUCUUAACAUCUCAUAAGGAGUCUUGAGUCCCAAGAUCUAGGAAGAAUACAACCCACUAGCAUAGGGCCUGGAGCCGGACUCUACAUGCAUUUGUGGGAGAUGCAGGAGACAUUUGUCUCAGCUGUUAUCUUUGAUUGACAGCUUGUCAACUUGACUUUGGCUUCAUAACUGGGUGGCACCCAGAUGUUGGAAGAUGAUCUGAAUGCAUAGCCGUCUGUGUGUGUGUGUGUGUGUGUGUACUGUGAGGGAAGAGAGCAGGAUCACAAAGGAAUGCGAGACAGGAAUAUUUGAGGAUGAUUGUGUAAUGAAGACAGCAUAGUGGGAUUUAAUAAGUGUCGGCUUGGGCUAUACGUAGGUUUUCCACGCAUCAAGCUAACAAACGCCUUUGUGGCUUCUGCCAGCUGGAUGAGCGCCAUGCAUGUGAACUUUGUUAACUGCCAGACACAAUGCAGAAGAGCAAUCUUGUAGCCAAUUGUUUGCAUUUAAGAAAAAAAGCCAACUUAUCCCUUAGGCGUGAAAAGGCCUGUCAUCUGUUGAAGCCCACACCUAACUAAUCUGCUGGUUUUAUAAUGAUUCUAUCUUUAUUUCAAGAUCAAGCAUAACUUAGCUUCUUGGGAGGAUGUCUUGUCGAUUGUAGCUCACAAAGAGCCCAAUCCUAAAUACGUUUACUUAGUCAGAAAUAUGUCCCGCUGAGUUAAACAGGAUUUGCACUGCGGUAGGUUUUCAUAAAAUUUAAGCCUGUGCCCGUAAUGAACACCUCCCAUUGUUUCAUGGGCUGUGGGUUGUUCCUCUCAAAACUCCCUCAACCACAUGUGAUCUGAUAGCUCAGUUCAUUCUCCUAACAGAACAGUUUAAAGGAAACCCAGAAUUACUAGUUGCUUUUUCGGCAUCCGUCUGUCUCGGGAGCCAAUGGAGGAAUGUGGUAUAUGUUAGGUAAUAACCGACUACAUGACUUUUCCUUUAUGGGGUUGACAGCAGAACUGCCAAAGAAGCUGGCAGAUGACCAUAGCUGAAAUUUAAAUUUUCCAAAUCAAUUUUGUAUCAAGUAGUCCUUCUCCUUUCUUAAAUUUAGAUGCUUCCACCUCAGAGAUGUUGGUUUGAUGCCAGAUGUUCAGAUUUGUUGCUCUGCCAGUUGGUGUGUUUUAGGCUUCCCUAGAAACAUGUCUGGAUUGUCAGAAUUUACACUUCCUUCAGAAAUUAUCUGAAUCUGUUCUUUUGUUGUUGUUGUUUAGUCGUUUAGUUGUGUCCGACUCUUCGUGACCCCAUGGACCAGAGCACGCCAGGCACUCCUGUCUUCUACUGCCUCCCGCAGUUUGGUCAAACUCAUGUUCGUAGCUAUGAGAACACUGUCCAACCAUCUCAUCCUCCGUCGUCCCCUUCUCCUUGUGCCCUCCAUCUUUCCCAAUAUCAGGGUCUUUUUCAGGGAGUCGUCUCUUCUCAUGAGGUGGCCAAAGUAUUGGAGUCUCAGCUUCAGGAUCUGUCCUUUCAGUGAGCACUCAGGGCUGAUUUCCUUAAGAAUGGAGAGGUUUGAUCUUCUUGCAGUCCAUGGGACUCUCAAGAGUCUCCUCCAGCACCAUAAUUCAAUCUGUUCUAGGCCAGUCUAAAGGAUUUUGGCUCUGGUUUGUUUUUUUUAAUGCGGUGCUUCACAGCUUCAGCUGGAGACAUUUGAUUCAGUUAGGGCUGGGAUGAAACUUGGGGUAACUGAGCUAAAGACGUCAAGAACUGGUAACUAUGUUUAAAAUAUGUUUUGUCCACUCAAAGAAAGCAAAAGCAUCUAGAGCAACAAAGAUAAAGAGAUGAGUCUAGGGAUUUAAGAUCUACCAAAAAAAAAAAAAUCAUAAAGUAAGAGUGUGUAUACAAACAAAAAAAUAACAUUUGCAGAGCAUUUUUUCUCCACUAGGUUGAACCUAUCUUCCCCCAAGCUUUGUUGCACGAAGGUCGGAUAUAAAUUCCCAAUGGAGAUGCGGUCAUGAUUUCAAAUUCCCUUUUUCUCCAGGGAGCCUGCUGGUUCUUUAAAAGAAAUACACUCGUUGGGUGGAUUGAAGGAGAAACAGCACGUUCAGUGCCAGCACCCAGAGCCUGGGGCAACUGCUAGACAGGGACCACCACUAACACCCCCCCUCAGGGGGCGAGGGGGGGCAAAACACUUUAUUUUUCAUGGUCCUGUAAGGUCAGUGGCACCAAGUGCCUAACUCUAGCUGCCAUUUAAAUUUCCCACAAUGCCCAUGGUGGACAUGACGGAAAAAUAAAACCAAGGUCCAACCCAGGCUUGACAGAUAAUUAAAAGCAGUCCUAGCCUUCUUAGCUAGGGCAGGGCAGGGGGGGCAGGGAAUUGGGCUUGUGGGUUUAUUUAAGUGCCCCCUUACCCCCCUCCCCGCAAAUCAUUGAAGGAUGGAGGAUGAUGAGAAAAUUGAAGAGAGAUACAGUGGUACCUCGGGUUAUAGAUGCUUCAGGUUACAGAUGCUUCAGGUUACAGACUCCACUAACCCAGAAAUAGUACCUUGGGUUAAGAAAUUUGCUUCAGGAUGAGAACAGAAAUCGCAUGGCAGCGGCGCAGUGGCAGCGGGAGGCCCCAUUAGCUAAAGUGGUACCUCAGGUUACCUCAGUUUCAGGUUAAGAACGGACCUCCAGAACGAACUAAGUUCUUAACCUGAGGUACCACUGUAUUUAGGCUUAUGUUGCCCUUAGCCUAAUUCCAAGCAGGCAGCAAGGUGGGUGGGGUGGGGUGGCAAAAAGAGAGACAAAAACGGGAGGGGGGUGUUGUCUCUGCCGCCUGCCACUUCUUUUGCGCUUUGGUUUCUACAGAUGGCUUUAGUUUUCCCCUGACAGAUCACAGGAGGAAGAGUUCCCAAUUCCUGCUGCAGCACAUAGCUCGGCACACUUGCUAAAUUAAUUUCAAGGGAGGCAGUGUGGUGUAGUGGUUGGACCAGAACGUAUCAUUACUUGAGCCACAAAGCUCAGGAGAUAACGCUUGCAGCCACCCUAUCUCCUCUUCUUUUUUCUUUCUUUGUCUUUUUAUUAUUAGCAAAUUCAUACAUACAUAACCAAUGAAAAAACAUACAGAAAAAGAAGAGAAAAAGAAAAAGAAGGGGGCAGAAAAAAGGAAAAUAAAGAAAAAAUAACUAUAUCAAAAUGACACCUUAAACAAUAAGAAUACCUAUCUACUGAUAAGUACUGUUUAAUAUAAUUCAAACCUAUAUUGGUAUUUAUUGUAUAGUCUAACCUUCAGUUUGGAUUGAAUCCCUUUACCAUUUAUUAUGUUAUUGACUUCCUUCUGCCUCUUUAUGGUUUCGGUUCAAGUUUUCCUGUUUUAUACCCUGUGUUUAAUUAUUUAUCCUCAUCUUGGAAUGAAUAAAAAAUAUUUCCCUAUUUGCAGAGUUAUUCAAAGCACAGCCAAGUCUUAAUAUUGGAACCUUGUUUCAUCAAAUACUUGCUAAAACAUUCCCAUUCUUUUUUUAACUUUGCCUGUUGAUUCAUUGACUCUGUAAUUUUUGCGAGUUCCAAGUACUCACAUAUUUUUAGCUGCCAUUCCUCUCUUGAUGAAAUAUCUACUCUCUCUCUUCUUAGUCUAUCCCACAGGGUGGAGAUUAGUCUGAACUUCUUGGAAUAAGAUGGAAUAUAUAACAUAAUAUCACUCUUUGUCUGAAGGUAUUCUUAUCUGCUCCCUGCUUUUUCCACACAGUGGUCUCAAUUUGCACAGGUUCUUUUAUAGUGGGGGGGGGGGUGUUGUUAGGAGUUUGUGGGUGCCAAACUCCCCUGUGGAUGCCAGACUCCCUGUGUUAUGAGUUUCAGGCUCCCUCAUGUUAUUAGUUUUUGGGUGCCCAGACACUGAACCUCUAGAUUGAGCAAUUGUUAAAAUAUUAAGCUGGGCUAGUUUCCUGAUGAGGAAAUUACCUGUGGUGAUGGGCCAUUAGGAAAGCUCUGUGCCAGAUGGCAAAUAGGAAGGGGCCCUCCCUCAACUCAGAGUUAGUUAGAAGACAAAAGCCAAAGUUUAGAGGCUUUAGAGUUGGCUGGGAUGUGACCUGGAGGAUAAAGGUUGCAGUCUGGUAAAGGCGGCAAGCUGGAAAGCCGUGGCUAAUUUCUGUCCUGAAGCCACAGCUGCAGCUAUGGGAGAAGCAAGACCCACUUGGGGUGCCAAUACUAUGAACCCCUCCAUCAUAGGCUCAGGUUGUAUAUAUGUGUAAAUAAACCAUAUACCAUAAAGACACCACAGUCUCCUCUGUGCCUCAUUUCCCAAAGGAAACACAGACCCUGGGUAAACAUGCCUGGAACCCCUGGAAUCUUGCAUCGCUCAGAAAUUGGGGUGGCAUGCAGCAAUAUUGUCCUACUUUUGUGAGGGUAUGAAGGGCUGGUGGUCAAAUUAGAUGGCCUUUUUUGGGGGUACCCACCAGCUGAAUUAUUCUGUAUUUGCCUAGGGUGUUAAACCUAACCCAGAGUUAUUCAUACAGCCCUUGAAGAGUAAAAGCAUAUCAUCAUUAAUGCAUUUUAAGCAAGUAAAAUAGUGUCUUAAACUAUGUGGACUCUCACACUAAUUGGAGUCUGAAGCUGAGAGACAGUGUCAUGACUUGCACCUUUGCUUGGGCUUAUGGUAUACAGUGGUACCUCAGGUUACAUACGCUUCAGGUUACAGACUCCGCUAACCCAGAAAUAUUACCUCGGGUUAAGUACUUUGCUUCAGGAUGAGAGCAGAAAUCGUGCUCCAGCGGCGCGGCGGCAGCAGGAGGCCAAUUAGCUAAAGUACAGACCUCCGGAACAAAUUAAGUACUUAACCUGAGGUACCACUGUAUACCUGAGACUUGUUGGGUAGGAUUCUGUCACCACUCAGUUCUGGAAGGAACUGGAGAGAGACCAGCCACACUUAUGAAUGAGACUGGCAUGUCUUUAUAUCAGUAGACCAGAUCAAGUCAGUAAUAUUCCCUGGUACCCACAAAGGCUUCCUGCUCACACUCACUCAUAAGUCUGAGCAUGCCAGGGACUCUGUUCAGGCUUCCUGGUGCUUUUUUUAACCUACUUUUCUCCCUUACCUCCCUUCACUUCUGUUGCCUCGGUCAACUCCUUGCACCACUGGCACCAAGUCUGACAGACCAACCUCCGCAUUGCCACCUGUUAAAUGCUUUGCCCAAAUCUCUACAUCCAACUUUUGAUUAGCUCCAUAAAUAUUUGCUAGGCAUGUAAAAGAUGCCGUGAGAGUUGCCUUCAGUAUUGUAAAUGGCAAAGUUCUGGAUGCCAUGUCAAUAAGCUUAUUGUAUGAUCAGAACAAUAGCAGAGGAAGGAAUGAGGUGUGGGCUUCUGUCGUUUCCUCAUGGUUCUGUCCUUCUUUGUGUCUCCCUGAUUUCAGAUACACCCCAGUGUAAAUGUAAGCCAAGCUACAGUCGUGGAGAUCUUCCUGACCUUACAGUUUGUCCUCUGCAUCUUCGCCACCUAUGACGAGAGACGUAACGGGCGCAUGGGAUCUGUAGCAUUGGCUGUGGGAUUCUCCCUCACUCUUGGACACCUCUUUGGGGUAAUGACUCUGUGCAGGAUGCACAGAUGUGGUAACAGAUGUAGCCUAUUUGCACAGAUUACCUUCAUAUUAGCCACACAUAGCACUGUGCUGCCCUCCCCCAUAGCUUUCAACUUACAGAUUUGAAAAUAAGGGACCAGCAUCCUCCAAAAUAAGGGAUUAGCAGCCAAAAUAAGGGAUUUUGCUUAGCUUAUGAGUUCCAUCGGCCCUUCCCCACCCAAGAGGGAGGGGGAGAGACUCUCGCCCACGCCACCCGCAAGCCCGGCAUGAGGUAGUUGCGGCGGUGUUGCGGCCGCUGAAGCGCCGCCCUUCUGCGUCCCUCCCCAUCCCCUCCUCUUCCUCCUCUCUCAGGCCGCCUCCUCAGCCUCCUCCGGCUUCCUCUGGCAGCGCUGCAGAAGUCUCGCAAGAGAGGGGCUGCCUGCCCGCCUGCUGCCACCCGUCUCCUCACGACGUGCCCCUGAGGGGGAAAAGGGAGAGACGGAGAUGCGGCAGCUCGUGCGCCCGCUCUCUCGAGGUGGAGGACCCCGAGCCGCUGCUUCCCUCCCGAGCCGGGCAAGCAUGAAACCCGGGAAAUUUAAGGGACAUCAUCAAUCCGGGACAGCAGUGGGACACGGCGCUGGGAUAAGGGAGUUUCCCGCCAAAUAAGGGACAGUUGACAGCUAUGCCCUCCCCAUGCUUUAGCACAAACCCACUUUUCCAUCAGUUUGCAAUGCAACAGAUCAUGUUGGCUCCCUUGCUGUCGAGAUUCUGGGGGCCUUUUUGCAUGUGAUCAAAAGGAAUUCCCAAUUUCGGAGUGGCCAUAUAUGGGAGUACAAAUAGAGCAAUACUGUGACAUUCAGAGUGAAUCACAGCUGCUGGAAAAAGGGAAAUAUUAUGUUGUUUGUCGACUGUCCAUAUCACUGCAUUUUAGCAGAGGAUGUGACAGAAAGCUACGGGAUCACAGAUAAAUCCCACCAAGCCUUUAGCUGGAAUGGGGAAUAAAUUUAAUUUGAUUCACAUUUAAAGGCAAACACACAUAAUUUGCACUUUCUAAAAUAAUAUGCAAACUGAAAUGUAGCCGUCCUUCAAAAUGUGCAGUUCUCAUAAUUUUGCAAUGAAGUUCUCUUUCCUAGUAAUGUGUACAAAUAUGUAUAUCCUGGGGGUAGUGUUUGCAUUGAAAUGUACACACUAGUGGAAAAAAAAUACAAAAUGGCAUUAUAUUCAGGAAACUUGCUUUGCAAAAAUGUCUGCGUUGGGCAAAAUUUGCACUAAAAUGUGGACAAAGUUCAUUGAAGACACUAAAACCAACCAACCAACCAACCAACCAACCAGAAACUGAUGUGCAAGAACUGACUUAAAGACUAAGAAAACGAGACACUGAAAUUGACAGCUUGGUCCGGAGUCAGCCUUUAGAAAAGAAAUUGGACCUGCUUGGGGUCCAGGGACAUGGGGGUGCCUUAUAUACAGGGGGGAAACAGUUUCUCCAUUCUAACCUUACUGUCUUGCAGAUGUACUUCACAGGAGCUGGCAUGAAUCCUGCCCGAUCCUUUGCCCCUGCUGUCAUCACCCGCAAUUUCACCAACCACUGGGUAAGGAGAGGGUUUGGGGGUAAGAAAGCAGGCUUAUUCCUAAUCAGGUGUGUGACAACAUAUCAAGCUAAGGGUUGCAGAGAAAGUUCUGAGCCUUUCAGGCCAGAUUCCUCCAACGCUUUAUUUCACGUAUUCUAAAGACACCACUCUUACCCAGCCAAAUGGGCGGGGUGUGAAUAAAUAACUAUAUUAUUAUUAUUAUUAUUAUUAUUAUUAUUAAACCUCUCCCUGAAAAUUCAUCCUUCACAAAGGCAGUGCUGAGCAGUAGUAGAUCUCUGCAGAUGCAAAGCUCAGAUUGGAGACGGGUUCAGUUAUUGUGUCUGGUUCAAAGGAGUAUUUGGGUCAAUGGUGACGUGGAAGCACCCUAGAACUCUGUGUCACCCCAGAUAAAAUGAAGAUAACCCAAGCAGAAGAUUCCCAUGUCAAUACCUUCAUAGGGGAGCAGGUUAUGGUGCCCCAUGAAUAAUUUUAAACACAGUUGCCAAUACUUAAAAUAAUACAAAGCUCUGAAGUGUCUGCCCUUAGUCUGUGCCAACUUUGUACCAGCUAUUUUUCCUGGUUAUAUGCCCUAAUUAGGAGGACAUCCUGGAAUAGCUGGUGCAGUCCUAAACUAAUAUUGGGUGGUAUCCAUCAUGUUUGUUCCUUCAAGGUUUCUGGAGAACUUGAAAUAAUUCUUCUACGUCUCUUUGCACAUGUAUAUUAGACCCAAGAGCAAUAAUCCCAGGACCAGGAGGAGGUACAAAUAGAGGAGAAAGGAAUUUGCCAACAGUAUUGGUGCAGACAGUUCCUUAGGAGAGAGACAGGCGAUAAUUCUUAAGAGAGUUGACAUGAUAUAUACAUUGUUAUGAGGAAAAAAACCUGCUCCUUUUCUCUUAUGGGGUACCCAAGAGGCCAUACGGAGUCCUUUUGUAGGUUCUCUAUCGGUAGGAGAAAAUAACAGAGACCAACCAGAGAAUAUUGAGAAGCAAAGCAGCUAGUAAGCCUGAUAUUUAAUUAAAGCUGUUGAAACAGGGUGCUCAGCCAUGUGCGCAAGCCCUUAUAUAGACAUUUUAAAUUGCCUGCCCUGGAGUCCAAGACCACCCCCAGAAACAUCAUACAUACAUCACAGAAGGGGUGUGGCCAAAAACCACCCCCUUAAUACAUCAGAGAAGGGGCGGAAAUCUGGGUGUGUUGUUUCUUCCUGUCUGCCAGGUUACCUGAUUGGAUUACCCAGGCAUCCUGGCCACUCUUUUGUUAUGAUAACUACUCAAUUCCUGAACCCAGGUCACAAGUCACAGGCUCACACCCUAUUCAUAUCUUAAAUGUGCCCUUAAGACAGGAUUUGUGAAAGAGACAUUGGGGAGAUUUCUCGUUUCCUUCAACCUUGCAGAGAAAUAUUUGAGGUCAUUUUGGGAGAGAGAAAAUGGUUUCAGGACUUUUCUGUGGGCUUCAGACAUGUGGCUUACACAUUUGUAUGUGUUUGCUUGGUACAUUUAUGAACAUCUCUGAAAUAAACUAGGAGUCGAGAGUGGAUUUCAUGCUCUUUAUUUAUUCAGCUCAUAGUGGUGAGGAGGAACGGAAGUUCCCCCAGAAUGUCUGCUUUAUAUACAUUAUUUACACAAUGGGCCCCACGUGAUUGGCUAAUUCCGGGAUUCACCUGUAGGCCAAUCAGGUUGCAGAUUCACUUCCACCUGGAGCUGGAUUGGGUGGCUCCUAUGGACCAAUCAGACUGCUGCAUUCUGGAUCCUAUUGUUCUAGAACCAAUCAGACUGCUGCAUUUUGGAUCCUAUUCAACUCAGUACAUACCAAUCUAUUUUAUAUAUAUAAGACCUUCAAAUUCUUAUAACAACAUGCACCCUGUUCAUUUGCCUCAUGGUCACCUCUGCUGUGGAAAUAAUAUGGGUUGCUAAUAUUCUCUACUUUAGAGACUGUGAGGUCAUUCUUUUUGAAUACAUGCCAAUGUAAAAGUUCCCUUUGUGUAAUAAACUAGCACAGCAGGUGAAACUGUUUUGUUUUGUUCCCCCCACACAAUCCUUCUGAAAUUUGAAGUGGUGUUGCUUCCAAACUCCACCACCUUGCUCUGCCAGCUUCGUAACUGUUAUGUACUGAAGUUCUCACCCUGGGCCAGCAGGGGGAUACUAUAGAUAGUUCAGCAGCUUCUGAGGCUACGGCCUCCUCAGUGGCUUUCUGCAGCAUGAGGUCUGGUUUGGCGCGGAGACACCGUUGCAGACGGAUGUCCCGGACCCCGCAGACGAUUCGAUCCAUCAGGGCAUCGUCUAAGUCUCAGAACUCGCAGUGCAUUGCAGCCUGUCGGAGGGCGACAGUGUAGUUGUUAAUUGACUCCCCCUCUGCCUGGUUCCGGUGGUAGAAUGCAUGGCGGGCAGCAAUCUUGGACAGCUUUGGCGCGUAGUGGUUGCGGAGCUUCUCUUUAAUCGUGUCCCACAGUGCUGCCUGGACUGCUACAGGUGCAACCAAUGCUCGGGCCGUCUCAAACACCUCAGGCCCACAGAGGCUGAGGAAUAGGCCCCGUUUCCACUCCUGUGAUACUUCCGUCAGCUCGUUGGCUUGGAGGUAGCAGUUGAACUGAGCGAGGUAGGAGUCCCAUGAUUCAGAGGCUGGGGCAAACGGCGGUAGAGGCACGAGUGAAGCCAUGGUUCCGAUGCCGACGUGGAGGCGAUGGAUGGAACACAGUGCUCUAGCCAGAACGGUCAGCUCUGAAUUGGUUCUGCUCCAUGAUUUCGCUCCGUGUUUCAGCUCAGUGAUUCAGCUCAGCUCAGAGAGUGGCCGCAUCUGGCUGUGCUCUGAUGUCCAUCGAUCCCAUCCUCGUCGCCAGUGUUAAGUUGUGGGUGAACAUAUCAGAUUCUCCAAACAGCUCUUGUUUAUUCACAGGUCAGAACAGAACUGAACUGAAGGGUUCAGCCAGCCUGCUUAUAUAGAGCUCCAGUACAACGUAACUGUAACAACUUUCUGUAACUAUCCAAUCACUGAACGUCACUUUCGAUCCCUUAUUUGCAUAUGUGGACCUGAACUAUCUACAGUAUCCCCCUGCUGGCCCAGGGUGAGAACUUCAGUACUUAGCAGUAACUGAAGCUCAAGGAGAGUUAUAAGCCUCUCCUGUGUCUCAUCGCUCCUCCUUUCUCUGUGCUUCCUCCUAUUCUUUCUAGGUGUAUUGGGUUGGACCAAUUGUUGGCGGUGUGAUGGGCGGCUUCCUCUACGACUUCAUCCUCUUCCCCCGGAUGCGCGGGGUCAAAGAGCGUAUGUCUGUCCUCAAAGGCGACCGGCCAGCUGAGACCAGUGCCCCGCCAGAGCCUCCUGGGGAACCCGUUGAGCUGAAGACGCAAGCGCUAUAA